AUGAAGCUGCUGUCAAAUAUCCAUUUUUAUGUUCGUUGCAUUAUUUCUUUCAAUUGUUUGCUUAAGAGUCUGUUGCAUCAUCAGCUGGUUCCUGUUUCUACCUUUAUUAUCAAGGACUCACUAAAGUUGAAAACCAGUGAUGCUGAAACGGUUGUCAACAUACAUGCUGCUAGUGAAAAAUUUGCUGAAUUAAUUCCUCUACUCGAGUCAAAUGCUGAUGUGUGUACUCUCAAAGAGAAACUGGAAGAUGAAUAUCUUGAGAUACCAGGAGACAGUGUGAAGCGUGUUUUUGCAGGACUUGUACUCCGAGAAAUAAAGGACUUUUGGCGGGUGGCACUGCUUUUAUCCAUUCUCUCCUACCCAGAAGCUGAAAAUGCUGCUGAGACCUUCAACAAGCAGGAUGAGCUGCAACGGAGAAGGGAGAAAUACACCAGAGUUGAGCGUUCCAUAACUGACCUAGAUCUUGAUGGGGCGUGGAAGUUGAAGCCGGUACUCGACGGGAAAUCUAUUAUGGGAGUUAUGCAGGUGAAGUCAGGAGGUCCACUGAUAGGAAAAUGGCAACAACGUGUACUGAAGUGGCAGCUUGCGCAUCCGAACGGAACCGUGGACGAGUGCAUCGAGUGGAUGAAGCAGUCACAAUCGAAACGACAAAAAGUAGAAUCCAGCACCUCAUAG